GGGGGCUGCGCCGCUGGGCGGAAGCGAGGAGCGUAGCGCGGCGCUUGCGGUCCGGGGGUAAUCGCGGGCUCCCGCUGGUGGACAGACGCUCUAGAGGCAGAGCGCGGCGGUGAUGCCCUAUAGGAGCACGCUGCUGCACCUGCUCGCAGGAGGAUGUGGUGGCACAGCUGGAGCCAUCCUGACCUGCCCCCUGGAAGUGGUGAAGACACGUCUGCAGUCAUCCUCGUUGGCCCUGCGCCCUCUCUGCCUUCCUGAGAUGCAGCUGCAGGGGCUGAAUGGGGGGUUUGUGCGUCCAGCCUCACCCUCACCUGGCGUGCUACAGCUGAUGAGGGCCAUCCUGGAGAAGGAAGGAAUCCGCUCCCUCUUCCGAGGCCUGGGUCCCAACCUUGUUGGAGUCGCCCCGUCCAGGGCCAUCUAUUUUGCUGCCUAUGCUGGGGCUAAGGAGAAGCUCAAUGUUGUCUUCAGACCUGAGUCCAAGAAAGUUCAUGUGCUCUCGGCAGUCUGUGCAGGGGUCACCUCCGCCACACUUACCAAUCCCAUCUGGCUGGUGAAAACCAGGAUGCAGCUGGAAGCCAGGGCAAGGGGGGAGAAGCAGAGUAAUGCCCUCCAGUGUGCCAUACGAGUGUACCGCACUGAGGGCCUGCGUGGAUUUUACCGUGGAAUCAGUGCCUCCUACGCUGGAGUCUCCGAGACAGUCAUCCAUUUUGUCAUCUAUGAGGCGCUGAAACAACAGCUGCGGGAGCAACAGCCAUUCCUCCCAACAGCCUUUGCACUUGCACCUAACAGCCAUGAUUUCUUUGGACUCAUGGCAGCUGCUGCCAUCUCCAAGACAUGUGCCUCAUGUAUUGCAUACCCACACGAGGUUGUCCGGACACGGCUGCGGGAAGAGGGGUCCCGUUAUCGCUCCUUUCUGCAGACCCUGCGGCUGGUGGCCCAAGAAGAGGGACCCCUGGCUCUGUACCGAGGACUCCUGGCCCAGAUGAUGCGCCAGAUCCCCAACACAGCUAUCAUGAUGGCUACCUAUGAACUGAUCAUCCACUUGGCCACCAAACUGUGACCCUGCACAAAUGCACCAGCCCCUUGUUGAGGCUGCUGGCUGUGCAUGGGAGAGCCAAGGUCUUGUAACCUGACAUGUUUUUCCUGUUCCACAAGGUAGUGCUGCUCACUCUGUAGCAGGAGGCCUGUGUGGUGAUGAACUUGUGUGUGGCAGUCUACUGUCAGGAUGCAGAGUUCUCAGGCCAGAGUGGUGGUUCUGGAUGGUGCGUAGCCUCUAGCAUCAACCUCCAGAAAGUGUAACUGGUCUGAUGCUCUAAGGAGGCAGUAAACCAGCUAGAAUAUGUUCAGUGGGGGAUCCUAGUGCAAAGCCCAAGAGCAUGGAGUGCAGUGGAGAAAGAGAGAGGAGGAUAAAUAAAUGUUUAUAUAUUCCCUAGCUGGCCAUCCCCAUCACUAGAAAGUACAUGUAUAGUUAACAGCCCCAGGAGCUCUACUCUUCUUGGGCUUGGCCUAUGGGCGUAGCUGGACAUGUAGUCAGUCAGUGGAUAGGGAGAGUAAACAAAUCUGAAGAAACUGAUGCAGCAAACAGAUUUUGCUACUCCUUCAGCUACUCCCUGGGAUUCUACACAUAGUCAGGGUCUCUAUACAGAGUCCUAGCCCCUACAACUCUAUCUUCUUCCAAAGGAUUCUCCAAGCCUGACUGAUAGACAUCCUAGUGCAUGGUACUUAGCAGGCAUCUUACAUCAUCUCCUUAAGGGAGCAAUCACCUGUGGAAAGAAUCAUACAGCUGAGCAGUUAACUCUGCCUUUUUCCCCUCCUUAAGAGAGGCCAGGGUAGUGGGUUAGAACUCAGCCCCAUGUAUCAAGAGAAGCAGGAUGCAUCCUGGCAGGGGGAGCUCUGGCCUGGGCAGCUUAUGUUACUAUAGGCCCCAUCUAUCCCUCUCUCAAGUGUGUUCUUUGCAGGGAAGGAGCCUGCAAGGGCCCAGCUCUGCCUUCCUCUACUGUGACAUGAGGAACAGUAGAUAUAAAAACCAAGCUGGAUUCCUGGUGUGUGAAAUAUA